UUGACCCCGGAACUGGUCAAGGACAUCCAUAUGGAGGGUGGCACCAUGCUGAUCAGCGAUCGUGGCAACCCCGCACAUUUAGACAUGGCCAAGAUGUUGCAGAGCAAAAACGUGCGGCAGUACUUUGUCCUAGGUGGAGAUGGCACGCACAAGGGUGCCAUGCAGACCUUCGACUGUACCAUGGAGAUUGACCAUGAAUGCGCAGUGGUGGGUGUGCCCAAGACCAUCGACAAUGACGUGCCGAUGAUCGAUCAGACCUUUGGCUUCGACACGGCCUGCACCGAAGCAACGAAGGCGGUCAACUCGGCCUAUGUGGAGGCAAAGGGCAAUGCCAACUGCAUUGGUUUGGUGAAGCUCAUGGGACGUCACUGCGGCUUCAUCGCAAUGAACGCGGCGUUGGCGGCGCGGGAUGUGGACAUUUGUUUGAUUCCUGAGAUGAACAUUGACCUUGAGAAGGUGCUGAAACACGUGGAGCACCUGAUGCGAACCAAGGGCCAUUGUGUCAUGGUGGUGGCUGAGGGCUGCGGAGAUACGCUGAUUCAAAGCUCAGGGGAGAAGGAUGCAGGUGGCAACAAGAUCUUGGCUGACGUGGGGCCCUGGUUGAAGGAUACCAUCACAGCACGCUUCAAAACCUUGGGGUUGCCCCUGACCAUCAAGUACAUUGACCCUACCUACAUGAUCCGUUCGGUGGCGGCCAACUCCUACGACAGCACCUACUGCUCGGUGCUGGGGCAAAUGGCAGUGCACGGCGCCAUGGCGGGCUACAGUGGCAUCACCG